CUAUGGGAAGGGUUCUGAUUAAGUACAAUAUAAGUCUAGCACAGAGACAAGACAAUGCUAUAUUGUCUCUAAGUUGCUUUGUAGUGAAAUAGUGCCCCCUGAUGUUCACUGAGUUACUCGGAAAUCAGAGAACUAGCACAUUCUCCCGGAUAUGCUUGGAUGAAUUAUUGAACAAACUUCCAAAAACUGUAGUUAAUAAUACAUGUAUAAAAACUAUAAUUAAUACAUUAGUAAUAAAGGCUGAGAACCAGUUAGGUCCUCUACAUCAUGCACGGGAUUUACAGUCUGGUAAAGUUCUGUUUCCUUCUUGUCACCUGUUCAAGAACUUCUUACCAUAUACCCAGUAGAGACCUGAAGAUAAGAUAUACAACUCAGGAAUACAAAACAAUUGUUUAUUAGUAAACAUACCUAAAAGAUAUGCAGAGUUUAACCACUACAUUAUGCUCAUCACCUCCAAAGAGAAGCCAGAGGACCUUGCUAGCCAGGCUAGCAACCAGAAGGGUUUUUGUGAGCCUCUGUGACUCCCCUGGAACAAAUUUUCUGAUCUGAGCUGUCAGUUUCAGACUCCCUGAUUUUUCCUUUUGGGCUUUAUGCCCUUCCAUGGUUGAUGUUUCUCCAUAGUGUUUCAAGUUGAAUGCUUGAGUAAUCCCCAUCUCAGCAAUCCUACCUUAGUCUCUAAAGUCUUGCAAGGAGAGAAACUAAAAUUGCAAAUUUUCUCCCUGCUUUUUCUCACAACUUCAGUUUCCUCAGUCUGAACCAAGCUAGUCUGAACACAGCUAGCAUGUAUUGCAACUGAACCUUGGGUCUUAGGAGGUGAGGAACAGUACAAAAAGGUUUACGGAGAGUGGAUCACUAUACCUCUUGAGUAAGUCGAACUUGAUUGUAACAGAUCUUUGAGGGUGAAAAGAAAAUAAAAGAUCUUGUGAUAUUUUGUUGCAGAACCAAGGGCUCAAAAAAAAAAUCAAAAAAAGCUAAACUAUUUUAGAAAGGAGAGAGCUGUAGGAAAAAACAGACAAGCCCUGGGAAGCCGGUAAAGAUCUACUUUGUAACCUCCUUUUUAUUGAUACUGUGAGGAAUGCAAAUCUGAAGGUGUAAGGAUUAAGAAUGCACACACUUUACAAUUACUGCAGCUUUAUGUUUUGCAGACUGCAAAAAAUAACAAAAAACUUUCUUCCUAGUUUCAAUGGUUUGUGUGGUUAAAUAGAUUUUUCUGUAACUUAUCCUUCCUUUGGUUUCCACAGUUAUCAAAUGAUUGGUAACUGAGUGCUUGGAGUUCCUUAGAUGAAAAGCAUUGUGCACAAACAGGAGCAUGUGUGUGUAAAAGGAACUUUUUACUUACCAAAAUGAGACACAAUCUGGUGUGUCAGACACCUCCCACUGUCACUGUGCAUGUAAAAUCGAGUGCAUCCAGAUCACAUCCAAAAAAACUUGUUAGAUUGAAGCGGCCUGCUUCUAAAGACCAUCAAGAAAAUUGUGAAAAAAGGGUUCUUAGUCAUAAAUAUAUACAUCCAAAGGGACCAUGCCUAGUUAUUCAGCGUCAGGAAAUGACAGCUUUCUUUAAAUUGUUUGAUGAUGAUGUGAUUCAAGACUUCCUAUGGAUGGACUGUUGUUGUAAAAUUACAGACAAGUAUCUUUUGGCAAUGACUUUCGUUUAUUUCAAGAGGGCUAACUUCACAAUAAAUGAGCAUACCAGAAUCAAUUUCUUUGUUGCUCUGUAUCUGGCAAAUACAGUGGAGGAAGAUGAUGAAGAAUCCAAGUAUGACAUUUUCCCAUGGGCUUUGGGAAAAAAAUGGAGAAAGCUCUUUCCUGAUUUCUUAAAGCUAAGAGAUCAACUAUGGAAUAGAAUUGACUACAGGGCUAUUGUAAGCAGACGUUGCUGUGAAGAGGUAAUGGCUAUUGCUCCAACACAUUAUGUAUGGCAGCGAGAACGUUCUGUGCACCACAGUGGAGCUGUGAGGAGCUACAACAAAGACGAAGAACAGCUGCCCCGAGGACCUAGUAAUACGCCUGUGGACUGUUCGCUUUGUGGUAGGAAAGGAAGAUUUGUGCGACUAGGAUUAUCUUCCUCCUCCUCUUCAACUGGCACGCUGGAGAUGACUGAAUUACAUUCAGCCCAGGAUAUGAAGGACACCUUUCCAGUUGAAAAAAUGCUGGUUGACUCUCCUGUUUCUUAUGCCCAAGACUGUCAGAGCCAGUCCAGGAAAGCAGACGAGGUAGCAUCUUGAACCAAGACAAAUCAAUGGAUUGGUUUACAAGCAAUGAAGAAUGAAAAACACUGAAUGAGACAGAUACUGUGAUUUGCAGAAAAAUUUGUGUUGCAUGGUAGUACCAUACAUAAUGAUUCUGUUAAAACAUUCCCCUUAAAUCACACAGGGGAUUUAAGAGUUUAUAGGCAG